AGGAAACGAAAAAGCAAAAGAAGUAGGCGAGAUCGCAAUGGUGAAAGAAACAGGCCUCUACGACGAGCUCGGCAUCGCGCCGGAUGCCACCGAGCAGCAGAUCCGCACCGCCUACCGCAGCAUGGCACUCAAGUUCCACCCCGAUAAGAACAACGGCGACGCGGCGGCCGCGGAGAAGUUCAAGAAGGUCGCAGAGGCCUACGAGGUAUUAAGCGAUGCAGAGCGGAGAAAGCAGUACGACGCUUUUGGCCGCAGCGGGCCGGGUGGCGGUGGCGGCUUUCCGGGUGGCGGCUUCCCCGGCGGUUUUACAGGCGGCUUUGGCCCUCAGAUGGACCCGAUGGAUAUUUUCUCUCAUUUCUUCGGCUUUGGUGGUGGCCCGCAGCAGCAGCGUCAGCAGCGUCCACAAAAACCGCCGUUUGUCUUGGUGGAGCUGCAGUGUUCGCUAGAAGAGCUCUACUGUGGGACGACGAAGAUUGUGCAAGUAGCACGACGACGCACGUGCGCCACGUGCCACGGUCACGGCACCGCGAAUGGUCAGCCUGUGCCGGUGUGUCCCCAGUGCAAAGGUAAUAAGACGAUGAAUCGCAUGGUCGGCUUUGGCAGUAUCAUGACCUUUCAGCAGGUCCGCUGCGAGUAUUGCCAAGGCUGCGGUGAGAUGGCGGUGGCGGCGGCGUGUCCGAGGUGCGGGCCGGUGUUCGCGGCCCACGCCCGGGCCCAGGCGCUGGGCAGCGCAAAGGAGCCCCUGCCGCGCGGCACGGUGCUGGAGCAUAAGAAGAUAAAGGUGGCCAUCGCUCCCGGCACGGAGGACAGCGACGCGAUAAGCUUUACGGAGCAGGGCGAUGAACUGCCCGGCUUUGACGCGGUGGGGGAUAUCCUUGUCGUGCUGGAGCAGCUCCCGCACCCCUGCUAUCGCCGGCUGAAUAACACCGACCUUUUCCUGUCGAACUGCCGGGUCCCGCUGUGGCGCCUCUUCCAGGACUCCUUCGCGAUUCCCAUUGAGUUGCUGGACGGCCGAGUGGUGCGGCUGGCGCCGCCGCUGCGAGAGGGCGGCGUGCCGCGCUUUGUGUUUGACGCACAGCACGUCUUUGUGGUGGAGAACGAAGGGAUGCCAGUGAAGCUGCCACGCGAUGGCCCCGCUGCCGCCGCCGCCGCGUCUAGCGCGGACACGAAUCGUAGCAGCACCGCCGACCUCAAGAAAGGGAAGCUGUACGUCUGUGUCGAUAUCGUCUUCCCGGCUGCGCUCACGCCGUCGCAGGUGGAGACGGUCGCGGCGGCGCUUGGGGCCGGCGAUGUGCAGGCGGAGCGCCCGCCGCCAAAGGAGAAGGUGUUGUCUCUGCAGCCACACUACGGUCCUGCACCGAGUUGGCACAAGGUGGACGCGCAAGGGAACGCGAACUACACGGCCGGCAGCGGCGGUGACGCCGCAGCGAAGAAGAAGAAGAAGGCCGCAGCGAAGUGA